CUACCUGCUUCAGGUGAAAGAACAAACUCGAAUCCUCACGAUGUCGUUCAAGAACACCUCCAGGAGUUUCUCCAGCGCAAGUCUGUCUGGCCUGGGUCAAAGAGGCAGCAUGUUCGGGUCUAUUUCAUCUGCCUCUAUAGGUAACAUGGCCAACGCAAUGCGUCCGUACGUGAACAUUAACAGCAACUCCUUAACCCCUGAUGAUAAAGAGACCAUGAAGGGUCUGAAUGAUCGUCUGGCGGGGUACCUGUCCAACGUGCGACUCCUGGAGGAGUCCAACAACACCCUGGAGGAGCAGAUCAAAGAUGCUCUCAUGAGAAAAAGCAACGAGACUGGGAGGGACUGGAGCGCUUAUGAGAAAACCAUUACUGAUCUGAGAAACCAGAUCCAGGAAAUGACCAUGGACAAUUCCAGACUUAUUCUGCAGAUAGAUAAUGCCCGCCUGGCUGCUGACGAUUUUAAAGUCAAGUUUGAGUCAGAGCAAGCCAUGCGGCAAGGGGUGGAGCAGGAUCUGGCACGGCUGCGCAAGAUGCUGGACGACACUUACAUGAGCCGUAUGCAACUGGAGGGCCAGAUCGAGUCCAUGAGAGAAGAGCUCGCCUUCCUGAAGAAAAGCCACGAGGAGGAUGUAGCCAACCUGAGUGACCAAAUCAAUGGCUCCCAAGUCAAUGUGCAAAUGGAGACUAAAAACAGCGCAGACCUCUCUGAAAUCAUCAACAACAUCCGUACGCAGUACGAGCGAGCCGCGCAGAAGAGCCAAGAGGAAACUGAAGCUUGGUAUCAAAACAAGUUUGAAAACAUCGCAGCUGAAGUGACACAGAACACAGAGGCUCUGCAGACGGGACGGACAGAGCUGAAUGAACUGCGCAGACAGAAACAAGCUCUAGAGAUCGACCUGCAGACUCUGCACAACAUGAUUCGAUCUCUGGAGGAUACGCUGCACGAGACGGAAGCUCGCUACGGUCAGGAAGUCGGUGGGCACAACUCUCGAAUUCAGCAGCUGGAGGGGGAGCUGGGGCAGGUGCGUGCCCAGGUGGAACGCCAGGCCGCUGAAUAUCAGGCUCUGCUUAACCUUAAGAUGAAACUCGAGGCUGAGAUCGGCACCUAUCACGGCCUCCUGGAGGGUGUUGGUGAGGACAAGGGGGACAAUAACAGAGUGGAUUUUUCUUUAGAGCAGGCGUUGAACGCAGCUCCUCCUCCAGAAAAUCGUAAGAAAACUAUCAUCAUCCGCCAGGAGAUGGAGGACGGAGAGGUGAUCUCUGAGAGCGCACAUGAGCAAAACACAACUCAUUUUAACAACGAAGACGCUCCUGUGGAUGAAGAUGAGGAGACACCUGCUGAGCAAAAGGAGGAUGAAGCUUCUUCUGACGCCGUGGAGCAAGACGAGUGACUUCCUCCUUCAACUAUGUUAUCACAGCCUUAUGACGCAUGCGCAUCUGUUUUUAUUUGCUUUUUCCACUCUCCCGUGUGACAAUAAAACACAAUAAACUUCAUUUUUUGGUCA